GUAAAAUUAAUAAGACUUACUUUUCUACGCAUAAACGUAAUUAAGAAAACUCCUUUGAUUCUGGUGAAUAAGGACAAACCGAUAAACGAAUUGGUAUACUUGGUAUCGAUUACAGUUCGGCUCGAUUCUCGUCAAUGUAAAGAAUUUGUUGCCAGACCAAAAAUCUCAAAGUACAUUAUUGUCUAUGGGAAAAAAAUGAUGUUUCAUUAAAAAUUAUGAGCACUUAACGUCAAGCAACACUAAAUUUUAAACGUCAAAAAAUCAAAAAAGCCGCAAAGGCGAUCGUAGUUUAUUUAGUUUUUAGUGUUAUUUGUUUAAUUAUUAUUAACAUAAACUCCUAAAGAGUGCUCCAACCAUAAUUUUAUCUAGUCUUAGUUGUAUGUACGGUAUUUUAGCUCGCAAUUCUAAAGCAAUGACCAUGUUAUUGUGCCAUAAAACUGUUGAUUGACGAUCCUUUGUUUGCAACUCGCCUAUUUCUGCGGCCGUGGACCAAUGAUUAAGUGUUUUGUGGACUAGAAUACCAUUAUUGCGCACUGUUUUUACCUAUACAGCUUCGGAAGCAGGUAUUUCGAGGUUUAAUCACGCUAAAAUCGUCGACCAUAGAUUGUCGUUCGUUGUAAUAUUUCGUAACACUCCGCCUUGUGUUUUCUGCGAGAAACAUGGCUGUAUUGCUCAAUUUCGGCCGUGGAAGCUUUUCAAACAGCCAGAAACAGGGAUUUGGUAGUAAACAUAUAAGAUUCCAAUAAGAAUUAUAAGGAUGUCAGCAAUAGACACCAAACAAGUGUGGCCCAACAUUUCGAGGGGUAACCUUGACGAGAAGUACGAGAAAUGUCGAAAUAUCACCGAGGAAAUAUACAAGAGGAUUAACAUAACAUUUUGACGUAAUCGAUAGCAACGAACUGAGCAACGAGACUGACUUGUUCGCGUGCGACAAGAGCAGCAUAUCCAGCAGUUCAGAGCUGGAGGCCGAGCCGCAAGCGAGGGCGGUUGUGAAUAUAAAUAACAACGAGGAGAAGAAGAAAGCGGCUACUUCCAGGCGGCCCAGGAAGAGAUUCCGUAAGAGAGUCAAGAAGCGUCCAGUGGCUGAACCAGACUCGGACGCGUCCAGCGACUCCGCCGCGCCCCUCAGCCGCAUGCUGGGGGAGCGCGUCGUGCCCAACAUAGUGAUCAUCACUAAAGACGCCAAACCGCGCAUCAAAACGCCGGAACGCAAGCCGGGGAACACCAAAGACAAGGGCGAAACCAGAGACAAGACGGACACAGCCAUAGAUAAAGAGAAGAGUGAGCUGAAAGCGUGCACCAUGUGCAGUCUGUGCUUUAGGGGCGAAAGAGGUUUAAGGCGCCACAUGAAUAUGACUCACAUCACUCCAGAUGAUCCCCGAAAGCGCGAAAGAGACAACAGUCCGGCUUAAGGUACUCACCAACGAACGCUGUCUCACUCUAACAUAUACGCGCUACAACUUCGUAGUUCUUUGGCCCUUUGCGGCAAGCAUCGAUAUGAAAGAAUUCAUAAAAGACAUAUUUUUUAGAUAAAAUGCAUUUUUAUCAACUUUAUUACUGAAAA